UCUCUCUCUCUAGAAACAUCGGCCCAGUCGACGAACUUCUUGAGUGCAUCUUCUCCGGACUCAACUGAAAAGACUCUCUCUCUCUACUCUCUGUCUAGAAAGUAGCAGCAAUGGCUCUGUUGAUGGAAAAGGGUUCUGAACCUCAAACCGAAAGCGAGGCAGCAGACCUUGAUGCUAUCACCGCCCUCAAAGAGUCUGCUGCUAUCGAACUGAAGGAAGAGGGUAACAAGUUUGUCAAGAUGGGUAAAAAGCACUAUUCAGAUGCUAUCAAUUGUUACACCAGGGCAAUAAAUCAGAAGGUCUUGAGUGAUUCUGAAAACUCGAUUAUCUUUGCAAACAGAGCCCAUGUGAAUCUGCUACUAGGGAAUUACAGACGUGCUCUCGUGGAUGCUGAGGAUGCAAUUAAGCUCUGUCCAACUAAUGUUAAGGCGUAUUAUAGAGCUGUCAAAGCAUCCUUAUCUUUGAAUCUGUUGGCUGGAGCAAAAUCAUAUUGUGAAAAAGGACUUGAGCAGUCCCCAGAUAAUGAAGAACUAAAGAAGCUAUCUAUACAAGUUGAUUUGCGGAAGUCAGAAAGUGAACACCAUGAUGCUCAAGUUUCCAAGGCUGUGGCAGCAGCUAAGGGUCUUGUUUCUGCUAUUGAAGAUAGAAAUUUGAAGAUGGGGAAGGCAACUUUCCGAGAACUCACUGGAUUGAAAAAGCCAGUACUAGAUAAAGAUAAUAUUCUUCACUGGCCUGUCCUCUUUCUGUAUGCAGAGGUUAUGUACAGUGACUUCAUUGAGGACUUCUGUGAGACUGACAUGAUUUCAGCUCAACUUGACGUGAUGUUCUCAGAAGGUUGCCCACCGCUGCCUUGGGAUAAAGAAAAUGCUUACACUCGUGAAGACGUUGAACUUUACUAUGAGGCUGGUUCUGGAGUACUUUUAUCAAAGAAAGAAAUUCUUCGUGAUCUCUUAGAGGGAACUGCUGGUUCUAAUCUAGAGAGCUUUGAUGAUGAAGAAAAAGAUGCAGUUGAUAAUUUAGAUCAUGGAAACUCUGGAGGCAGAAGUUCUUCUAAAUGGGUGAAAAUAAACGAGAAGAGGACGCUUCAUGAUGUUCUGAAAGAACCCGAUUUUAUAAUCCUCGGAAUUCCAGUAUUUUACGUUGUUUCCAAGAAGUCCAGCUUCUACAAAGAGUUCAAAGCUGGAAAGUGGGCUCCUCCACCAUGAGUAUGUCACGUGACGGGGGCAGUAAUUCACUCGACUCUACAGGUACUCGGAUGUUCUUCCGUGAGUUUUGGCAAGUUUUUUUCCUGUUAUAUGGUUUUGUGUUUCCAGCACAAACUUCCAUUGUACACCACCACUAAACUAAGAGAUGCAGAGUCUGAGACCUGUUAAUUGUUAUAUAUAAACGUCUUAUUUUGUGGUUGUCAAAGGGUGGGGGCUAUUUAAUGGCACCAUUUAGAAUGCAAGCUUUGUGAAAAAUGAAAUCAUAUAGGUGCUGUUGAACUGCAAAUAGUCGAGAAGUCAGAUCGUUUUUGUUUUGAUUUACCUUAUAAACAUCUUUGUUUAUUCAUCGUCAAAGGGUGGGUGCGAUUUAAAGGUACCAUUUAGAUGCAAGAAAAAAAUGGAAUCAUGGAGCUGUUGUUGAACUGCAAAUUCACAAAUCGGUUGGACUGAUAUUUUUUGAAGUAUAUCGGUUCUCUCUUCUCUCUCUUUAA